AUGAUUUGCAUCCGAAUAUCUGGGAGAAAACAGCAUAUGGACAAAAUUGUGCCGUCGAUCCUGUUCAAUCUUCAAGAAGCAGAUCAACUGGAUGAACCCAGCAAGUCGUUGACGUUAUUCACUCCACUCAACGACGAUCCAAGCCGUGAAGAAAGUCCACGAGCGUUAUCCGAUCGAUGUCUACGUGAACUCAAUGGGAAAAGCGCGUUAGCGAGGACUGUACGGUACGGUAUGGCGUCUUUCGGUUCGCUACGAGCGGUAAUGGAGCCAGUUCUGAAACACAUGGAUUUACAUGCCCACUGGAAACCACCGCCAAUUUUCGCGAUUCAUGUUUUCAAAGCGAUCAUCUACAGUAUACAGAGUCAAAAUAGCUAUUUUGUCAUACAGGAACUGAUUAAUCAUCUUGAUUCGAUGAGCAGUGCUGAUGCUGUGAUUCGAAUUGGAAUCGCUACCGUGCUUUCAAAUAUAGUAUCGAUCGCUGGAACGAGUAUAGGUCCGCUGCUGUUAUCGAUUUUCAACUCGCUUCUCAAGCAUUUGCGAACGUCUGUCGAUUUUGAAAGAUCCGAGAAGUGCAAGGAUUCUGAAGCUGAAAAGAUGUAUCAGGAGGCGUUAAUCAACGCUAUGGGUGACUUCGCGAAUGCCUUACCAGACUAUCAAAAGGUUGAAAUGAUGAUGUUCACCGUGGGAAACAUACCGAAUUUGGACGAAAAGCGAGUCAAACAAGGUGAUGAAUUCUUGCAGCACGUUUUAGUGAAGACGCUGUUGAAA